UAUUCCCGUCAGCGAGAGCCCUCCCCGGCUGUUUUCGCUCCUUACAGCCCAUACGAAAAGGCGGGAUCCUUCACGUUCAGGAACAUGGAUCUAGAAGCACGCCGAGCACGUCGUCUGCUGGGAUGUGCGCCGCCCUCGAAUUUAAAGCACUUCAAUAAUAGACAACAUGGCACCGUACGCACCCGUGUCUCUUGCCCGGAAAUCCGAUCUCGUUUCAUCUCGCAAAUUUUAAGCGUAUGACUGCGCAUUUCCGCAUAUGACGCCUGAGCAUUUCGUGUUGUCAUAGGAAUCCCUCCUGCCGUUGCCCGAUAGCAUGCCCUACCCCCUUUCCACGGUAGCGAGGGGCUUCCCCUGCAUCACCCGACCAAGAUUCGGUGCUCCCUCGCCCACCGAACUUCGAGUUUUACAGGCCAUCCCACGGCCAGCCGCUCGUCGGGGCUACUUACCCCGACGUUGGAUCCGCGAGGUACCAAAGAGACUGCAAAGCUCGACGGCGGCCCAGCCGUCGCAUUCUCGACCGCACGCCGAGCCUCUCACACGCCAGUACCCCCCCUGGUCCCCUCCGACCCAGGGCGUCCUCUCUCUCCUCCCGUCGUCGUGGGUGCCCUAUGCCGAGCUGUCGCGUAUCGAGAAGCCCGGGGGCCUAUACGGGUUCUACAUGGCGUAUCUGAUCGGUAUCAGCUAUGGUGCCUGCCUCGCAACACCUACGGUGCCGCCGGUCACUCUCCUAGGCACUGCGGGCGUGCUUCUCGUGUACAACGUCUUCCUGCGAGGCGCCGCUUGUACCGUCAAUGACAUCCUCGACCGCGAGUACGAUAGGCAGGUAGCGCGCUGCAGGAAUCGCCCAGUAGCGCGGGGUGCGGUCACGCCCUCGCAGGCCUAUGUGUGGUACGGUGCACAGACGCUCGGCGCUGGCGCAGCCAUCGCGUGCCUACCAAAUCCCGGGCUUGCGCUGGCAUACGCCGUCCCGAUCCAGUUCCUGGUCAGCGUGUAUCCCUUGGGCAAGCGGUUUACCGAUUUCCCGCAGCUCAUACUGAGCGCGCCGCUCGCCGCUGGCAUCUUCAUGUCUGCCUCGGCGAUUGGCGUCGACCCCUUCAGCCUGCCGACCCCGGCUCUCGCGGGGGCGACCUUCUCUCUGGCGCUGUCUCACUACGUCUGGAUCACCAUCUUCGACUACGUGAACGCCUGCCAGGACACGGCCGACGACGUGAAGGCCGGCGUGCGCAGCAUGGCCGUUCGUUAUCGCAACACGGCUGCUUUCAUCUCAGUCCUGGGGGCAGUCCAGGUCGGCUGCCUAGUGGCCACGGGGGUGCUGGCCGGCUUCUCGCCCAUCUACUUCGUCGGUGCCGCCGGGGGAAACGCCCUCUGGCUGGCUGCUAUGGCAAAGACGGCGAAACGCACGAGGCCGGACAUUUGCGCCUGGUGGUUCUCUUGGGGCGGCCUGCUGGUCAGCGGUACUACGACCUUAGCACUUAUCGGAGAGUACUUCUAUACCUUUUACGGCCAAGGGAAGAAUCACGAAAGAGUCUGACCCUACAAUGCGACAAGGCGGCAUGGGAUUAGCAAGUCUUUACAAGUAUACAUCUCUAUUUUAUUACUAGCUUCAUACA